CUUCACUCUCUCUGAAACCCUUUUUCUUCUUCUCUCAAUCCUAUGAUGGAAUAUAUGGAAGACACUACGUAAGACCCAUGGACGAAUGAAUACUGUUUUGCCCAUACGCUCAUCACCGUCUGAAAAAAUCCGGCCGCCUGUGUUCAAGGUUCGUGACGGUCAAAAAAAUCACGUGGAACCGCAACGGAUAGCAAAGGGCAAAACACUGUAGCAUUUGCAAAACGCUGUAGCAUUUAGCCUGUAGGCGUUUUUAAGGUUUUUCCGGAAUAUAUAGAAUUCAGGAGCUCGAAGAGAUGGCUUGUUUCCCUCCACCUGGGUCUAUUACAUUAUGUGAAAUCAAUCGUGCUCUCGUUACUACUGAAAGCUACACAGAUACUAGAUCUUACGAGGUCUAUGGGAAAGUGCUCGGACUUGUGUUUGAUCCGAUUCCUUUCCAGUCGGACACAUUGUUACCUAAUUUUGAGAAAGAGUUGGAAGAUGAAAGUGGUGAUGGAGUUCGCAUUGCAUCAGAAUCUCCUUUUGUUUCAAGAGGUCUUCAAUAUUUGCAAAGGGUAUUCAAUAACUUCUUUGAGCGUGGCUUUUCUCCAAAGAAUGUACAUUUCUUAUCGAAAGUCUUCCUUCAAGGUGUUAGUUGGAACCAGCAUAAUCAUAUUUUAGCAUAUAUAUCUGGGCCAAAUCAAGUGUCUGUACGUGAUUUUGAAAAUUCAGAGAGCAGGGAACCAUCUAUAUUGACCAGUGAAACACAAAGGGGGGUCAGGGCAAUUGAGUGGCGGCCUAAUGGUGGCAAAACACUUUCUGUAGCGUGCAAGGGAGGAAUAUGCAUUUGGUCAGCCUCUUACCCGGGCAAUGUAGCUCCUCUAAGAUCUGGAGUUGCCUCUUUCUUAGGAAAUCCUGCUAGAGGCUCUGGAAUCAGAUGGGCAUUGGUAGACUUCCUCAAGAGCCCUGGUGGUGAACAGGUUACUGCAUUAUCUUGGAGUCCAAAUGGAAGACUUCUAGCUUCUGCAUCAAGUGAGAGCUCCUCCUUCAUCAUUUGGGAUGUUGCUCAAGGGACUGGAACACCAAUCAGGCGAGGUUUGGGUGGUAUAUCAUUAUUGAAGUGGUCACCGACGGGGGACUAUUUUUUCACCACAAAAUUUGAUGGAACAUUUUAUCUUUGGGAGACAAACACAUGGACGUCAGAACCUUGGUCAUCUUCUGGAAGUUUUGUUAUUGAUUCAUCAUGGGAUCCGGAUGGCCGGAUGAUACUGGUCGCAUUCUCAGAUUCCACGACACUUGGUUCAAUUCACUUUGCAUCAAAACCUCCGUCAUUGGAUGCACAUCUAUUGCCUGUGGAUCUGCCAGAGAUAGUGUCAGUUACUGGCAGUACCAGCGUUGAGAUGAUAGCGUGGGAUACUUCAGGAGAGAGACUUGCUGUGUCAUAUAAAGAUGCAGAUAAGAUGUAUGCUGGCCUCAUUGCAGUAUAUGACAUAAGGAGGACACCACUUGUUUCAGCUUCACUCAUUGGGUUUAUUCGAGGGCCAGGUGAAAGACCGCGGCCUCUUGCUUUUUCAUUUCACAACAAGUUCAAGCAAGGGCCACUUCUAUCUGUGUGCUGGAGCAGUGGCUGGUGUUGCACAUACCCACUCAUCUUUCGAUCACAUUCCCUCUAAUUAAGCUGGAUAUGCCUGUUGCUUAUGAAAUUAUGAAGUGCUUAAGGAUUGGGAGGAAAAUCUUAUGGGAAAGCACAUUUUGUGGAAGGGCAUUGUAUGCUUCGUGUCGAUCUAUUGUUGUGCUGAGUCCUGGAAAGCAAGUAGUUUUGCAUUUGGUUUUGUCCUGCACAAAAUGUAAUAUGAGGCCCUUGGCAUAUUUGAAACAUGAGAAAAUCCCUAUGUUUUAAACAGUCCACUGGGCAUUAUCUCUAGCGUAUCUGAUAAAAUCUGAAGCUUUGUGAGUUCAUACACAAAAAAGUCCAAGGAUACGGCAAUAUAUUUGAACACCAUAGAUUUGAUGUUACAGUGGAUGUGGAUAACAUAAUCAUUAAACUGUACUAUGAAAGUUUGUAUUGCAUGAUAUACUUCAGGAAUUCCC